GGAGGAGAUUCUCUUGCCGCAGCUUCCGCAUACGCUCGUCAAAAUCACCGAUCCUCUGCUUCAUCCCCCAGCCCCAACUCGCUACAGGAAGGCCACUUCUCCCCUGCCGGAGAAGUCCCAACUCUCCGGCGACGACCCUGGCCUGCUCCGCCCUUAGCCCCAUAGUUGAAUCGGUACCCAGCAGUCCACCUGUGCUCCCUCUGCUGAGAUUGACCCCAGCGUGCGUGAAGCCCCUUGCGAUUGGGUGAAUCGCCAAUCCCCAUCCAGGCCAUCGAAGAGAUCAAGGCUAUGAGGAAAAUUCAGGGGAGAUUAAAAGCAUUCUCAGUCCAGACCACACAAGGUGAAUGGAACUUCGAUGUCAGUACAAUCACCGGGGCAGCUGCGCAACCAUCUGCUGGUGUUGAUGCACGGACACAACCAUCAUCAGCAGCCCCUCAACCGCCUGAUGCCCGCAAUGCUAACGUGGUUAAGAUCAGUUGCAAACCACCAGCCAAGAUUGUUCAACGAUCUCUUGCCGAAUCAAGCAGUGCCAGGGAUCUUCCUCAGUGUGAUGAUGAUGAUGACUUCAUGGAACCUCUGCCGAGGCGACCUGUCACCAAGAAACAGUGCGUCAAUGCGAGUGUAGCGGACAAUGCAACUGGCAAGCAUGCGAAGAACCCUGUCAAGUAUGCUCAUGCUCCUACUGUUCGAUGCGCCCCAUCGGCAUUCAACUGGUUUGUCGACCACCUAACGUUCAACCAGCGUAUGCGAAUCAAAGAAAUGGGUUUUGGCGGGCUCCUUCAUGUUUCGGCAGAUAGGUUAGAGAGCAGAGAACUAUUAAAGUUCUUGUUGGACAGGCUAGACCCCAGCACUAUGGUGAUCAAUAUUUCCAAAGACAAGGGAAUCCAUGUCACCCCGUACGCCGUCAUGCAAGUGCUUGGUUUACCAGACAGUGGUGAACAUCUACAUUUCCAUUCACACAACCAAGCAUCUAGGGAGUUCUCUGCUUUCAAGGUUUGGGUUGGUCUAGAAGAAUCCCAAGACAUGCAUGCUAGCCAUCUCCAAAAUAUUUUGGAGGAUGAUUCUAAUAUGGGAUCUGCCAUGAUUGAUGAUGACAUGGCAAUAAGAUUUUUCUUCAUCAUUGCUUGUAACAAACUGCUUUUCCCAAGCACAGACAACAACAUCAGGUGCAAGGAUGUUUACUUGACUAGGGACCUGACUUGCUUACCAGGGUUGAACUGGUGCAAAGCAGUUGUGGAUGACCUUCAAGAUGUUGCAUUCACUUGGCGGGCUGACAGAACAAAGAAAUCGCUCUCAGGAUGUGCAAUAUUUCUCAUUAUACUGUAUCUUGACAACCUCCAAUGCAAAUAUCAGAUUGCACACACUGAAACUCCUCGCGCAAAGUACUUUGAUCAAAAUGUUAUUAAGAAGAUAAUUACUGCUGACAGGAUGAAAGACCGACAAGGGAAGGCUACAUUUGGGCUAUUACCGCUUAGGAACAGCAUCAAUACUUGCUACCAUAGGACUCAGCACUCAUCUUCAGAAGUCCCAGUAAACAUUGACCCAUUGGCCGCAACACAUUUCUCCAGUAUGCAAGCAGAAGUGCAUAGUUUAGUUGCUCAGAUUGGUACCAGUUCAAGGAAGAUGCAGGCAAUGCUGGUCUUGGCAAAUUUUGAAGCUAAAUCUAAGAAAGCAUCAAGUUAUAUGAACAUCGGCCAACAGAUACUACGGGAUGCACAUCAGGCAGCCGUUCACACUCUGCGAACAAUUUUGCAUGAUGAGGUGAAUGGCAACAUCAAUCAACAACAUCAUGACCAGACCCAUGCUUGUGAUGAAGCUCAAGCCGAUGACAUUGACAUGCAUGAUAACAAUAGUCUGGAAAACAGAGGGUCUGAACAUGUAUCUGACAUGCCAAUUAGUCGAUCUGAAGUAAGGGGAAGUGAGCUGUCUUCUGGUAAGUCACAUGACAACUGGUAGUUGUGGUCACACAAACCAGGAUUUCAAUCAGGCUGCAACUGCAGAAUUUCAACAAAACAGGACCAAAGAACAAGUUUUACCACCCGUCGACAGCAUGCACAAUGCCGCCACUGCUAGUUUCUAUUUUCCCGGUGGGAAUAUUGAGGUUGGCAAUGAAACUGAAGGUGAAUUUUCACCCGUCUGUACUCAGGUUCCCACAGAUGUUACUAUUGAUCGUGUCGUGCCUCUUCGAGCGGCUGAAGGAGAUACUGGACCAUCCUUGCCCAUCGGCAGCACUCAUGAUAAUGUCCACGAAGCAACUUCACAUGUGGAUUCCCUAGUUGGAGUCACUGAUGCAUAUACCACUGUUACCAGCCCCCGACAAGUUGCAACGGCUGAAAUGACUAGAUCAGAAGCGAAUGUCAUUGCACAAACUGCCAAACAAGUGCCAGAUGAGUCGGCAGGAAUCAUUAGUAGCAUCGAUGAUGCACUCGGCCCUAUUCUUUUCCGGCCUUGCACUCCAGGUGACAUCCCCCACUGCCCAGCUAUUAAUCCUAGGCCACAACGGCUUACAAAAAGACCCGCCAUGUAUGUGUCACCAUUCAAAGGUGAUCCACAACGAGCAAAAGUUCCAUUGUCCAAGGCACUUGCUGUGAGAAAGAAGUUCAAAUGUAGAAUGACGUGUUUAAGGUACUGUUUAUGAUCAUACUCUCAAAUAUUACAUGC